AGAGAGCCACAUGGCAUAAAUUUUGUACAUUAGUGGUAUGAUGCUUCAUAAUAUGUUGCUUCUCCUUGUCUUCUUCAUUACCUGUUUUGGGGAUUUACUACUGGCCACCGAUGUCCAGAGAAGAAAUUUGGCCUCUGGAAAUCCAGGUUUCUUGAGCAUUGAUUGUGGGGUGGAGGAUGACUACUGGGACAAUCCAACCGGGGUCUGGUUCAAGUCAGAUAAAGAAUUCAUCAGCACCGGUGAGAAUCACGAAGUUUUACCAGAAUACCAAUUUGACAAUGAACAAUACGGGAAGCGUUACAAGACCCUGAGAAGUUUCCCGAAAGGGGUGAAGAAUUGCUACACCCUGAAAGUUGAACAAGGUAAGAACAACAGCUUCCUCAUCAGAGCUUCCUUCUCCUAUGGAAAUUACGAUCUGAAGAACCAGACCCCCAAGUUCGACUUGUACCUCGGGGUUAAUUACUGGGCAACCGUGAACUGCAAUGACUUUAACGCCUUCUUCUACGAGGCUUUUCACGUUUUCCCCGCAGAUACCGAGUAUGUCUGUCUUGUGAACACCGGCAAUGGAACUCCUUUAAUUUCUUCAUUGGAGAUUCGACCUUCAAACAUUUCCAUCUAUGGAAAUGGUUCUUCAUCGGAACUACAGUUUUCCAAGAGGUUCGACCUGGGUUCCAUCUCUAGUCUGUCGAGCAGUGUCAGGUACAAGGAUGACAUUUAUGAUCGUAGCUGGUAUCCUUACCGGCUUCCAAAUUCUGUUCCAGUUAGUACCACAUCGGAUAUCGACACUCAGGACGGCAGCAAUUUGUGUAAAAUACCAGUUGAGGUUCUGAGAACAGCCGUCCAGCCACCCAAGGGCUUCAAUUCCCUGACCGGCUCUUUCUCUGUACCCGACCAUGAAUAUAAUGCCUACUUUCACUUUGCUGAAUUAGUGGAUUUUGAAGAUAAGCUAAGAGAAAUAAGCAUAACUGCGAAUGGUAUCACGCAAGGACCUUUUACUCUUGAAUACUUGAAGCCAUCGUCCGUAAGUUUCCAGAGACUGCAGAUCGUAGAGCACUUUACUUUUACCAUUUCUACAGAAAAGGAGUCUGGCCUUCCUCCAAUCCUCAAUGCGCUUGAGCUUUACCGAUUUGAACAAUUUGAGCUUUCUGCUACAAACCAAUCGGAUGCUGAUGCUGUCAUGUCCAUCAAGCAUACAUACAACAUAAACAGAGAUGACUGGCAAGGAGACCCAUGUCUCCCAAAAGAGACUACGUGGACUGGUUUGAGCUGCCGUUUCGACAAUCCUCCGAGGAUAAUCUCACUGAACCUGAGUUCGAGUAGAUUAACAGGGGAGAUAUCUCCAUCAUUGGCUCAUCUCCAGGAAAUAGAGUCCAUUGACUUAUCAUACAAUGAAUUGACUGGGUCGGUACCGGAAGUUUUAGCACAUCUGCCGAAAUUGAAAGUACUAAAUUUAUCUGGAAACAAGCUCAAGGGUCCUAUUCCCCAGUCUCUCCAGAACAAAUCUGAUAACGGGUCACUGCUUCUAAGGUUGAACGGCAGUUUCAUUGAAGACCAAAACUCAUGCCAGAUGGAUCCUUGUAAAGGAAAUAGCAAGAAGUUUAUUGUUCCACUUGCCUUAUCAAUUGUAGCUGCUGUGGCCCUUGUCACCCUCAUAAGUGUUCUAAUCAUCUUUCACAGAAGAAAACGAAGAAAAAGAACUGUUGUUAGUUCUACUGCAUCAAACGAGGAAGGAUUGUUGAAAUCCAAGAAUCGACCCUUUACUUACUCUGAGAUAGCUACGAUUACUGUUAAUUUUAGCACCAAAAUCGGAGAUGGAGGAUUCGGAGAAGUGUUCCUCGGUCAUCUUAAUGAUGGCACACCGGUAGCCGUGAAGUUACUUUCUUCAUCGUCAAGGCAAGGAUACAAGGAAUUCCAAGCAGAGGUACAAUCCUUGAUGAUUGUACAUCAUAAGAACCUUGUUUCUCUAAUCGGCUAUUGCAAGGAGAAUGGCCAUAUGGCACUUGUUUAUGAGUUCAUGGCUAACGGAAACCUGAGGCAGCAUUUAUCUGAGACCAAAAAAAGUGUUUUAAACUGGACACAAAGACUUCAAAUCGCGGUAGAUGCUGCACAAGGGUUGGACUAUCUACAUAAUGGCUGUAAGCCGCCCAUAGUUCACAGAGAUUUGAAACCUUCCAACAUCUUAUUGACUGAAAACAUGCAAGCAAAGAUAGCUGAUUUCGGGCUGUCGAGAAUUUUCUCUACCGAAACUGCAUCUCAUGUGUUAACAUCUUGCCCUGCCGGCACAUAUGGAUACCUUGACCCUGAGUUCCAUGCAUCAGGAAACUUGAAUAAGAAAAUCGACAUUUACAGCUUCGGGAUAAUCCUCUUUGAGCUAAUCACUGGGAAGCCUGUAAUAAUAAAAAGCACCGAGUGCAACAUACACAUACUUGAAUGGGCAAGACCUAUGAUCGAGAAGGGAGAUAUUCGGAUGAUUGUCGAUCCCAGGUUGGAAAACGAAUUCGACGUCAAUGCUGCCUGGAAAGCUGUGGAGAUAGCUAUGUUGUGUGCACUUCAAGCUUCAAAGCAAAGACCAGACAUCAGUCAUGUAUUAUCAGAACUGAAGGAAUGUCUUGAAAGACCUUUCGGCCAGAAAGUUGUUGGAUUUGUAAUUGCUUAGAAACAAAUUAGUAUUAUGGA